AUGACAGAUUCAAGUUUAACCCUUAUCACACUGAUGGCAGUGAGUGAGGAUUUAUUUGAUCAAAUUGAAAGAGGACUUGGACCCCUUAAUCCAAGCUGGUUUGAGGAGUUGACUGCAAAAGCGUCCAGAGAUGUAGCAGGUCCAGACAUUGCAAAAGCUGAAGAGGAGGAGAUGCACACUGUCAAAGCACCAGAGACAUCAGCCCUGGGCAGUCAGCUGUUUUCGACACCCAAAAUAUUUAAGCAACGACAUCUGCAGUCUCCUGAUUCCAUAUCUAAUGAAGAUUCCCCUUAUCAACCUACUAAUGGAGUGUCAUCAGCUUGUCCCUGGACAGAUUCAAGCCCUUGUCUGUUUGGCUCAGCCAAAGACAGGCAAGUGUUUGAUAGGUCCUGUGGACAACCUGGUGAUUUAUUUGGCCUUCUGGACACACCAAAAGCAUCUUUGGCACAUUCUGCAAAGCAAAUAUCUGAGAGCCUUGGGGCACAGAUAAACCCAGACCUUUCCUGGAGCAGAUCCUUUAACACACCAUCAUCUUUGACUCCCACUGUGAUAUCACCUAAAACAGAGGACCGUGCUCCAUCAGCAAGUUGCCUCAAAGACAAAGAAGCAAUUUUUGUGCGUAAACUGUUUCCAACCCUCUCAAAUGGCUCUGAAAGUAAUGUGAUAUGUGAGAGAACAUCUGCAGUAAAACAUGAUGUGAGAUCCACAAGUUCGUCUGUCCAGGCUGAUUGCCUGGGAGGAAAGCCCAUUUGCUCCUCAGAUGCAUCGCCUGAUAUGAAUGGUCUGUGGAAGCAGACUGUACCGACCGCUAUAGAAGACGUGGACAUCCGCGGCACAAUACAGAAGGUUUUUGAUGGUGCUGAGGAUGUGUUGUCCAUUUUCUUCAGCAACAGCACGUCAGCUCUGCGAAGAGUCAAAGCCAAAGAAAGGAACAGAAGGAGAAUAAAUGAUUCCUCAAAGGAUGUAAAAUCAACUGUUCCAACUUCAGAGCCGGAUAAAGAGCCAGGAGAGAUGUUAAAUAGAGAUAGAACUUACACAUAUGAUUUAGAAGCAGAAAGUUCCCUCAAAAAUAAACGCGUCAUGCAGUGGUCACAACUCAGUUUGUUAGACUCCAGCCUGAAUGAAGGUGUUUCUUCGGGCUUGCCUUUCAUAUGCCAUCACAACACUGUUGCGUCCAGUGAAACUGAUGGUGGCACUUUUCUUGACCAGCAUAUUCUUAAGAACUGCACCUCACAAAAUAUCCCAACUUUUUCUAAUAGUGUUGAAAGCGUAAAGUCUUUUCCAAAUGCCCAUGCAGAAGGAUCUCAGUGUCAGAAGUUUGGCAAAUCGCCUGCUUUUACACUUGCUAGAAAACCCAGUAGGUUUGUGUAUCAAGUACUGAGAUCGGAGUUGUCAAAGACUGUAAUAAUAAUUAAUAACAAGCAGACACUGUCAGAAAAACUGCAAUUUCAAAAAGUUGAUGAAAAACAGACUGUGUUAGACAUUAACAGCAAGGACAAACCCACCCCAGUGGAUUCCAGCCAUGAUGAUGAGAACUACCCUUUGACAGCUUCACAAAAGGCUGAUGUUACAGAAUUGUGCAAUCUUUUGGAGGAUGCUGAUAGCCAGUACGAAUUCACUCAGUUCAAAGCAAAAAAGCUUUGUUCAGACAACCACCAAACCUCUGAAAGGGAGUGGGAUCCUGAUCUCCUCAAAGGUAUUGACUUUGAUGAUAGUUUUAACUCUGAUGUUUUCAAAGGAAAGCUGCAGGUCAAUACAGAUGCUUCUUCGAUAAGCAAUUCUAAUUUGUGGAUGGAAUUGUCCACUUUCAGUGAAAAAAGUAAUGGUUUUGGUUUUAAAACCACUAAAGGGAACUCUAUAGUAAUUUCAGAAAAGAGUUUAAACAAAGCAAGGCACUUUUUUGAAGAGGAUGAUAUAGAAGCUAAUAGACAAGACAACAAGGCAGAUACAGAACUGCCAAAGCCAGAACAAUCCAGAAAGCAUUCUGAAAUUGAGCCUUUAGCCAGUACUUCAGGCAGCAUGGACAAGGAAAAUAAACUGCACCUUUGUUUUAAACAAGAUGUAUAUUUCAGUUGUGAAGAUGUAAAUGCAGCUUUUAGAGACUUUGAAAUGAAUAACCAAGUGACAGGAAAUUGUUUGGACAGAAAAGCAGAUAUUGUCCAUGUUAACUCAAACAGCCAUUUUGGAUUCAGUACAGCAAAGGGAGAGAAACUGAAAGUGUCUGAAAAGGCCCUUCUGCAAGCAAGAACACUUUUCAAUGAUGUUGACUGCUUAGAGGAGCCAGAAAGUCAAGAACUUAAUUUCCACACUUCUGGAAAUCAUGACGACUCUGUUUCAGCAUCUAGUCUUCAGAAAACAAAAGCUGUUUCAUGGAUUGAAACCUCUGCAGACAAAAGGCAGUUCGACUCGCCUGGAAUACCCAGUGUUCCGGAUGUUCCGUCCCACUACAGUAAAGAACAGAAAUCUGGUGAUGAUGCUAAAGGAGUUUUGACUAACAGUUGCCCCUCAAAACUCUAUCUGCCUCAGUCAGUGCAUGGCCAUGGCUUUCAUACAGCCAGUGGGAGGGGAGUUUCCAUUUCAGCCCAAGCACUUAAAAAGGCAAAGGCUGUAUUCAAAGACUGUGAUGAAAAUAUUGAGUGUUUGAAGUCAGCUAAGAUUGGGGAAAGUGAUACCAAAAUGGAUAUUGAAAACAUCAAAAAAACAAAUGGAUUUAUGACUGCAAGUGGUGAAAAUGUGAAAUUUUCAGCAGAGGUGAUCAAGAACGCAAAGGCUGUUUUCAAAGACAUUGAUCUAGUAAUUGACAUCUCAUCACAAGCAAAUGAUGACAAAGUUUAUGAAAGAAAUUCUUACUGCAUGAAAACAUGUCAGGAUAACCUGGUUAAUGGCUAUGAAAAACCUUCCUUGGAACAGAAAACCCCUCAGGAAGAAGAAUGUGAGCAGAAAGUAAAAGCAUGUAAUAAAGGCUUUCAAAGUGAAUUAUCCUCUUUGCUUCCUCUUAAUGGCAACUGUGGUUUUAGUACAAUUGAUUGUUUCCCAAAUAACAAUGGUUCUAGAAAUACAAAGCCGAUUGUGGGCAUCCAAACAGAUACCAGUUCCACAGGAAAACAUUUUGGAUUCUCUACAGCAGGUGGGAAAAGGGUUGCCAUCUCUGCUAUUGCUCUGCAAAGGGCAAAGAGCCUCUUUAAAGAUUGUGAAGAGGACCAUUUAGCAUCUGAUGACACCAAACUUAAACACCAAAUUUGUAAAGAUUUCAACACUCCCACUGGCACAAAAGUUAUUGUCUCAGAAAAGGCACUGAAUAAUGUUAGAGCAGCAUUUGCAGGUUUUAAUGAUGACAACUUCAGUCAUGAGCCUAAAACUCAUUCAAAUUUACAAAGUGGACAACAUAAAAGCACCAGUAGAAAACCUGACCUUGUGGAAGAGAAAGUCCCACCUGAAACUGAGAGUUCCUCAAGAAAACACAAUGCAUUCUCUACAGCUGGUGGGAAGACAGUGGCCAUCACUGCUCUGCGAAGGGCAAAGAGUCUCUUUAAAAAAUGUGAAGAGGAAAGUUUAGCUUCUGAGGAUUUUCAGUACCAAAACUGUAAAGGUUUCAGCACCGUCAAUGGCAAAUAUAUUACUGUCUCAGAAAAUGCACUGAAUGAACCUGUGUUUGAAGGAUGUGAUGAGCCUAAAAUUAGCUCAGAUUUACUAAGUGGACGACAUGAAAGCUCCUGUGGAAGAAGUGAACCUGUGUCUGAGAAGGUCCCAUCAAAAACGUUGAGUUCCUUAGGUGAACACAAAGGUUUCUGCACAGCGGGUGGACAAAAAGAAUAUGUCUCUGCUUCUGCACUACAGAGGGCAAAGAGUCUCUUUAAAGAUUGUGAAGAUGAGAGUUCUGAGGAACGUUUAUCAAAGAAAGUCCCAUCUGAAACUGGGAUGUCUUGUGCAAGAAUCGAGAACAUUGGGGAUGAAAACCUAAAAUUAAUACAACUUAAUAUGAAAAAUUAUGGUUUCAGCACAGCUAGUGGUAAAGGUGUUUCUAUAUCAAAGGUUGCCCUUGAGGAAGCUUCCAAAUUAUUCAAGAAUUGUGAUACUCAACAAGUCUCUGUCACUGAUAACCAGCCACAUCAAACUAAUUCCUCAAAAUGUCACCCUUCAACAGCACACAAUGUACCUACACAAUUAGACUUGCUCUCUUUGGAUUUUAGCAGUUGUACAGUCACCCAGCAGAAGUAUUUUGAGCAUGAGGCAAUGGCUUGCACUAAAGCUUUAAUAGCAGAUGAUGACUUGAAUGAACCAGCUGGGUUAUCAGAAGAUACUUACUGCAAAAAAAAUUCAUCUGUUCAUAAUAUAUGUACACUGGGGUCUGUCGACCAUAAAAGGAGGAAACGUCAGCUAGAUGCUUAUAGUAUAACAGAUUCAGGUCAACCUCCUUUGAAACGGCAACUUCUCUCAGAGUUUGACCAGACUUCAGAUGCUAAAUCGUUGGGCCUCACCCCACAGAAAAGCUGCCCUAAUGGAACUAUAGGAGACAGUCGCAUCUUUAAAUACAAUGUCCAUCUCCAGCCCAAUGUCACCUGUCCAAAUUGGAACUCUAUUGACCAGAAGUCAAACGACCUUGAACAACAUAGGGCAACUGAGACAUCAAAAGGUCGAGAUGUCAAUGAAAAGUCCACUGAUUUUAUUCCACCAUUCAAAAAGGCAAACAAAGACAAUACUGGUCAUGGCAAUAACCAGCUUAAACAUUCAUGUGUCUCUAAACCUCCAUUUGGCCAGAUUACAGCAUUGGAUAAUAUAUUUAUUACUUCAACAUCAAAUACCCACAGUGUUCCUUUGUAUUGUGGUGAGAAAAGCCUACAUGUGGGUUCUAAGCCUGAAACAGCCAUUUCAUUGGAAAACAUACCUUUGAAAAACCUUCACUCUGAAGAGAGAGACACUGAGGCAUGGCAGGAGUCCUUGCAACUUGCUUGGGAUAUGCAAGACAUGAGGAUCCAAAAGAAGAAAAGGCAGACUAUUCGUCCUUUGCCUGGCAGCCUUUAUCUUGCUAAGACCUCUGGUGACUCUAGAAAAGGUCUGAAAGAUGCUGUGGGACACAAAUGUCCUGGUCAAUACACACUGGAGGAGCUGUAUCAGCAUGGUGUACAUUACAAAGUCUCUCAGAUAACCAGUGAAAAUGCUGAAUCACACCGAUUUGACUGUAAUCAGUUUUUGAACCGCAAGGUCUUUAUGGAGUCUGGUGCUGUCCAGGUGGCUGAUGGAGGCUGGUUGGUUCCAGACUGUAAAUGUACUGUGGGCAAAGAAGAGUUCUUCAGAGCAUUGUGUGAUACCCCUGGCGUUGAUCCCAAACUGAUCACCGAUGCAUGGGUGUUCAACCACUACCGAUGGAUUGUGUGGAAACGGGCCUCCAUGGAAAGAGCCUUUCCAGAUGUAAUGGGUGGCCUGUGUUUGACUCCAGAGCAAGUACUUUUGCAGCUGAAAUUCAGAUAUGAUGUGGAGGUGGACCACAGCAGGAGAUCUGCUCUCAGGAAGAUCUUUGAGAGGGAUGACACUCCAGCUAAGACAUUAGUGCUCUGUGUAUGUGGUAUUGCUUACACUAAUCAAGCAAAAACUGAGGACACUGAUGCAAAGGUGGCGUCCACUGUGGUCUGGCUCACAGAUGGCUGGUAUGCUGUCAAAGGCCUGUUGGACCAUCCACUUUCUGCCAUGCUGCACAAGGGCUGUCUCAGAAUUGGUGAUAAGGUCAUGAUCAAUGGAGCAGAGUUGGUUGGUUCCCAAGAAUCCUGCCCACCUCUGGAAGCUCCCGAAUCUCUGAUGCUAAAGAUUUCAGCUAACAGUACAAGACGAGCUCGUUGGAAAACUAAGCUGGGGUACUGUCGUGACCCUCGACCUUUCAGGCUCCCACUCUCCUCAAUGUAUGCUGCUGGAGGUGUAGUGAGCUGUGUGGACAUUUUGGUGUUGAGAAAUUACCCCACUCAGUGGAUGGAGAAGAAGCCUAACGGCAUCUUUAUAUUUCGCAAUGAUCGUGCAGAAGAUCGAGAGGCCAGAAAACACAGCAACUCAAAGCACAAAACCAUAGAGCUACUUAUUGCCAAUAUGCAGGCCCAGAUUGAAAAAGAAAUGGAAGGUAAAAGAAAAAGCAAAGGCAGAAGGAGGACAUUUAAUCGACAUGAGAUUGAAGCUCUGCACGACGGGGAAGAGCUGUAUGAAGCAAUGGAGUGUGACCCAGCUGUUGAGACCCACUUAAGUGAGAGGCAGAUGGAAGCAGUGAGCAAGUACAGGCAGAGUCUAGGGGAGAAGAGGCAGGCAGAACAGCAGGAGCGUGUGCGGACGGCCAUGACAGAGGCACAGGAAACUGAAGAGGGGUGCCCCGAUCGAGACGUCACUCCUGUUUGGAAGCUCAUCAUUACAGAUGCCAAUGAUCUGCAGAGCAACUGUAUUUACACUCUGAAUAUCUGCGGCUUACUAAGAGAGGGCCCCAGGUACAGGGCGUAUAAUCUCUCCACAUCAGAGGGCAAGAAACACUCAGGCAUUGCUCACAUUCAGCUCACUGCCACUAAGAAAACACUCUUCCAGGAUAUGGAGGUGUCUCCAGAAUGGUUAAGUCUGCAUUUCCAUCCAAGAGAAUGUGUCAACUUCAGAGAACUUCAAAAUCCUCAGUUCAGAUCGCCAUGUGGAGAAGUGGAUAUUGUGGGAUAUAUUGUCUCCAUAGUGGACAGACAAGGCAGCUCUACAGUACUGUACCUUGUGGAUGAGAAGUUUGACCUGGUCUCUGUGAGAACCUCCUUUAAUUUAGAGCAGUUAGCAGUAGAAGAGCUGGUAAAACCUAGAGCACUGGUUGCUCUGAGUAACCUUCAGUUGAGACCGUUCUCUGGGCUUGUGCCAAGUCUUUAUGCAGGAGAACAAGCACUCUUCUCCAUAAACUCGAAGGAAUCCUAUCUGCAAGAAGCUAUUGCCUGUUUGAAGACUUUUGUUCUUACCUGUGAGCAGUUUUUCAGCAUGGCAGAGGAGAAGGUCUCAGAUCUGGUUCCUUCAGGUGACUUAGGCCCUUUUCUGUCUCCAAGAACUCCUGGUGUGCAGUCCACUCUCAAAAUUAACGGCAGGGUAACCCCUCAGCAGAAAGGCAGCGUUUUCUCGGCAUUCACUCCAGUGAAUAAAAGGCCACCUGUAUCUGCAAGCAACAGUGAAGGCAAAGACCCCCAAAGCUUGAAAAGAAAACGAGCAAGAACCUGAGUCACCUCGAGUCUCACAUCCCCCACCAAGAGAGGAAGAGUUGGUCCUUGAUGAAGAGCUGGUGAUGAUAGAUACCCAGGUGUUACUGAAUGGCCUAAUGGAAGGCUGAGUAGUGAAACACUAAUAUGUGAGCAAAGAGAAGAGGAUGAAUAGCAGCGUUAAAGGACCUCUCAAGCUCCAUCAGGUUGUAUGGGGAACAUCAGUGCACAGCCAUUUUCAGAUCUCUCCAGAAAUGUUCAAUUGGG